CCGUGUCCUUGAAUUUCCCCUUCUAUAGCCCUCCGGCUCCUAAGCUUUGAAUCAUUAAAACUAACACAAAAUCCCAUAGAUCGACCGCCUGUACGCCGUCCACCGCAGCUCCGUCUCCGGUCGCCACUAACUGGGUUAGUUACCGAAGUUCGGAUCCCAUUCUCCUCCCUUUUCACCUUGCCCAGAUAAAUUCUGCAUAAAACAACCUAAUACGCCCUGGAUCUCGAUUGAAAGUUUGGUAUUGAUACCUCCUCAAGCCUCCGAUCACGCAACAUCAGAGCAUCCCUAAGGUUAUUAUUAUUGUUGUUAUUGUUAUUUUGGUGGUGGUGUCGGAAGUUGCUUCUCGUCGAUUCUGUAGGUAUUUCCAGUAGCUAUGCCAGGGAAUUCUAGUUGCAGCGUCUACAUAGGAAAUUUGGACGAGAGGGUAAGCGAUAGAGUUCUGUAUGAAAUUCUUAUCCAAGCAGGAAGGGUAGUAGAUUUGUAUAUCCCUCGAGACAAGGAAACUGAUAAGCCCAAAGGAUUUGCCUUCGUUGAAUACGAGAACGAGGACGUUGCUGAUUAUGCUGUCAGGCUUUUUUCUGGCCUUGUUACUCUCUAUAAUCGAACCUUGAAAUUUGCUAUUUCUGGGCAAGACAAGGCUUCACAAAACCCUCCCAGUGCAGCCACACCUGCUACAUCGAGGCAAUACCAUGGAGUAGUUAAUCACAUGGAAAUCUCUCAGCAGCUAAAGAGGUCAUCAACCCCUUCUAGGAUCCCAGAUUAUCCUGCGCGUUACACCCAAGUGCUAUCUCCCCCUGGUGUUUCUCACCAGUCUAAUGGGUAUCGAUCACUUUUCAAUGAUACCAAUUAUGAAUACAGUCGAAGGGUUUUUGGGUCAACAUUGGAUAGCAUUAAUCGCCGUAGGUCACGUCGUUACGGAACAAGUGACCCAAUUUCAUAUCCAUCUUAUUGAUAUUUACUAUGAUAGCUAUAUGAGGGUAAAAUUCUUGCAUGAUGCACUUAAUAUUGUGGACGGUUGUAGGUAUUAAAAAAGAUAGGUGGUAGAGUUAUGAUCAAGAAGGGGUAAAGUUAGCAUCUGUUGUAACUUAUUUCGUAGGCCCCCAUCAUUGUUUGUUUAUGAAUACUUCAAUUUCAUAUUUUCGCUCCCUUUAAAAUGUUGUAUUUCUUUCCUUUUGGAUAG